AUGUCGGACUCUAUGUCAUCAGCUAGCUCAUCGAGCUCACGCUCGUCCUUCGACGGGCCCUCGACUCCUCCCGACACGGUUCACUCGCUCCCCAACUCUCUCAAAGCCGCAAGACAGGAAGCUGGCAUCGACACCGAAGAACCGCUGUGGAAGAAGCGACACACCUUCUUCCCGCUCGAACGCCAGGAACGCUACUCUGCUCCUACAGACAAGGGCUUCGUCGCUCCCGAACUCACUGAGCUCGUUGCGCCAAACAUCGAAUCCUUCAACGCGCUCUGGGCCGAGGAUCCUUCGCUCGACCCACCGGCAUCAGCUACCGUCUCGGGCUUCGUCAACGAGGGCACUGGCUUGCUCGAGAAGAGCUUGCGGCGUCUGCCUCCACGAAUCGUGUUCGAUGGUCAAGGUGACGCCAACAACGGUCUCGGCAACCGCAUUACGCUUCGUAUGGACAGCGUCAACCUGUCCAAGCCGCUCGUCAACGAACGUGCAAAAGGUGUGAGGGAGCGCAGGGUUUUCCCCUCCGAGGCGAGAGAGAGACUCUUCACCUACACGGGCAAGCUCACCGCUCGACUCUGCUGGAGCGUCAACGGCGAUCCCGAGCAGAGCGACAUUGUCUCGUUGGGCAACUGUCCCGUCCUUGUUCGCUCCAAUCGAUGCAACCUGCGCGGCAUGUCGUCCAGGGAGCUCGUCGCACACCACGAAGAGUCCAACGAGUUCGGCGGCUACUUCCUCGUCAACGGUAACGAGCGUCUCAUCCGAUACCUCAUCGUCGCCAAGGCCAACAGUCCGCAGGCCAUCGAGCGUCCCAGUUUCGAAAAGCGUGGCCCUAGCUACUCGAACAAGGCCAUCGUCAUCCGAUGCCUGCACAAGGAAGACCUCAUCAGCGUCACCAACGCCGUUCACUACCUUCACAACGGUGGUCUCACGCUUCGAUUCAGCUGGAGAAAGCAGGAAUACAUGGUCCCCGUCGUCAUGGUGCUCAAGGCGCUUGUCGAUGCCACCGACAAGGAGAUCUUUGCCUCGAUUGUUCAGGGCGAUUUCGACAACACUUUCCUCACCGACCGUGUCGAGCUGCUGUUGCGCAACUUUAAGCAGUACAGCCUGUGGUCUGGUCACCAGUGCCUCGAGUACCUCGGCUCCAAGUUCCGCGUCGUACUCGGCUGCCCCGAGGACUGGAACGAUGCGCAGGUCGGAAGCGAGCUCAUCCACCGCAUCUUCCUCGUCCACCUUGAUAGCCCCCGAGAGAAGUACAAGAUGCUCAUCUUCAUGAUCCAAAAGCUCUACUCGCUCGUCGCCGGUGAGUCGUGCGUCGACAACGCCGAUUCACCCCAGCACCACGAGAUCCUCAUGCCUGGCUUUCUCGUCGGUCAGAUCAUCAAGGAACGCAUUGACGAGGCUGUUGGUAAUGUUCGCGCCCAGAUCGCCCGAGACGUGCGCAUGAAGGUCAAGGGUCUCGACUUCUACGACUCUCGUUACAUCAAGAAGACCGUCUCCAAGGUCAACAUCGACAUCGGCGUGAAAAUCGCUUCGUUCCUCGCCACGGGCAACCUCUCUUCACCCUCGGGUCUCGAUCUGCAGCAGACGUCCGGUUUCACCAUCAUGGCCGAAAAGCUCAACUUUGCGCGCUACCUCGCCCACUUCCGUUCGGUCCAUCGAGGUGCUUUCUUCGCCGAACUCAAGACCACCUCGGUCCGAAAGCUGCUUCCCGAGGCCUGGGGUUUCCUGUGCCCCGUUCAUACACCAGACGGUUCGCCAUGCGGCCUGCUCAACCACUUCUCGCACACAUGUAGAAUGACGACGCGCCAGCCGGACGUUUCGCACAUCCACGCGCUGCUGUCGGGCCUCGGCAUGACCGAAGCCGCCUUUGCCGUCGGUGCCGUCGGCGCUGCCAGCCAGAAGAACGCCAAUGCGAGCGACAACAUCGUCGUCGUGCAGCUCGAUGGCGCCAUCCUCGGCUACACCACCCCCGCCCUCGCCAAGCACAUGGCCACCGCGCUCCGCAUCUGGAAGACCGAGGGCCUCCACCGCGUUCCCCUCGACCUCGAGAUCGGCUUCGUCCCCACCUCGCGUGCCGGUCAGUACCCCGGUCUCUACCUCUUCUCCAACCGCGCCCGCAUGAUGCGUCCCGUCCGUCUGCUCCACAACAACAAGAUCGACAUGGUUGGUCCCUUUGAGCAGGUCUACCUUGACAUCGCCUGCGACCCGCAAGAGAUCCAACCCGGUGUUUCCACCCAUGUCGAGUUGGCGCCCACCUCCAUCCUCUCGGUGCUCGCCAACUUGACCCCCUUCUCAGACUACAACCAAUCUCCACGCAACUGUUACCAAGCGCAGAUGAUGAAGCAAACAAUGGGAACCGCGUCGACAGCGGUGAGCAGGAGGACGGACAACAAGCUGUACCGGAUCCAGACGCCGCAGACGCCUGUGGUUCGCCCCGAGCUGUACAACAAGUACGGGUUCGAUGACUACCCGAACGGAACGAACGCGAUUGUGGCGGUCAUCUCGUAUACAGGUUACGACAUGGAGGACGCGAUGAUCCUCAACAAGAGCGCACACGAGCGUGGGUUUGGCUACGGAACGGUGUACAAGUCCGAGACGAUCGAUCUGCGCGAUCUGAAGGGCAAGUCGAGCUCGAGUGUGCCGACGCUACACUUUGGCUUUGCGCCCAACUCGCGGCCGACAGAGGCGCAGCGGGCGAUCCUGGACCAGGACGGCUUGCCCUAUGUCGGGCAGAAGGUGUUGGCGGGCGAGCCGAUCUGCGCCUACUGGGACGAGGUGAGCGGCAAGACCAUGUUCAAGAAGUUCAAGGGUGACGAGUACGCCUACGUCGACACGGUGCGUCUGCUCGGCGGGGAUGCCGGGUCCGGUGGAGGCGACAGCGAGUGUCAGAAGGUGCAGAUCAUGCUUCGUAUCACGCGAUCGCCCGUGAUUGGCGACAAGUUCUCCUCGCGUCACGGACAGAAGGGUGUCUGUUCGCAGAAGUGGCCCGCGGUUGACAUGCCGUUCUCGGAGAGCGGUAUGCAGCCGGACGUGAUCAUCAACCCGCACGCGUUCCCGUCGCGUAUGACGAUCGGAAUGCUGAUCGAGUCGAUCGCGGGGAAAGCGGGUGCGAUGCACGGCAUUGCGCAGGACUCGACGCCGUUCACGUUCAGCGAGGAUUUCACGCCCACCGAGUUCUUUGGGGAACAGCUCAAGGCGGCCGGGUACAACCACGUGGGCAACGAGCCCAUGUACUCCGGUAUCACGGGUCAGGAACUGCGCGCCGACAUCUACCUGGGCGUGGUGUAUUACCAGCGUCUGCGACACAUGGUCAACGACAAGUUCCAGGUGCGUACCACGGGUCCCGUGCACGCGCUGACCCGCCAGCCGAUCAAGGGCAGGAAGCGUGCCGGUGGUAUCCGAUUUGGUGAAAUGGAGCGUGAUGCGCUGUUGGCGCACGGAACGUCGUACAUGCUGCAAGACAGGUUGAUGAACUGUUCCGAUUAUUCGACGUCGUACGUGUGCCGAACGUGCGGCUCGCUGCUUUCGGUCGGCUUCGACACGUCGGCGUCGACGCACGGUGGCGCCGUUUCGAGCAUCGACAUGUCGACGCAGGGCACCACACCCAUUCUGGGCCCCAACGGCGAAUUCUGCCGCGUCUGCCGAGCCGAAGACGAGGUGCGUCGCCAGCAGGGCCUCGAGCCGCUGCGUGGCAAGCGACUGCCCGUCGGCGGCGUCGAGGCUCACAUUGGCAUCCCGCAGGCAAACGUCAUCAACAACGUUACUGGAGGAGACCUGGAUGUCGUGGCAGUACCCUAUGUUCUCAAGUACCUUGUCGCUGAGCUCGCGGCGAUGGGUAUCAAAAUGAGCUUUGGCGUCUCGCCUUGA